AUGCAACCGCAAGAUUCAAGCACUUCAUUUGGCACCUCGCAGGCUUUUAACUACGAUACGGGUGCCUAUCAGCAAUAUACGCAAGAACGUGCGCUGCAUGACCAAGCUCUACACAACUCUAUGAUUACGAGCGGCUCAUCAGCCUCCAAGUGUGUGACUUCAUCGGCUCCGCCCACGCAAACUAAAGAGCUCGUUGCUUCCACCAGUACACGACCCAAGAUUGAGGCCUUGUCCGCUGGCACGUCUCCUACCAGCGUUACCAAGGUGCAGGGCUCACUGUCCUCUUCUACAGCAGUUAAGAUGUCGUCUUCCCCUUGUCGCAAUGAGACGCUCAAGUCCAAUCGACUCUGUACCAUGCCUGGCUGUACCAAGCGCGUACGCUCUAAGGGUCUUUGUAAAGCUCAUGGCGGUGGCCGCCGCUGCAUGGUUGACGGCUGUGAACGCAGCAGCCAGGGUCAGGGUCUCUGUAUCCGCCACGGCGGUGGCAAGCGCUGCACACAGGCUGGCUGUACGAAGGCGUCCCAGUCUAACGGACUAUGCAAGGCGCAUGGCGGUGGCCUGCGCUGUCAGAGUCCUGGCUGUACAAAGAGCAGUCAAGGUGGAGGUUUUUGUCGUGCGCACGGCGGUGGUCAGCGCUGUGAAAAAGAAGGAUGUAAUAAAGGUGCUCAACGUGGCGGCUUUUGUGCUGGUCAUGGCGGCAGUCGUUUCUGCCAGCAUCCAGACUGUACUAAGAACGACCGCGGAGGAGGUUUCUGCGCCGAACAUGGCGGAGGCAAGCGCUGUGAUCAUGCUGGAUGCAACAAACCUGCGCGGAAGAAAGGCAAGUGCUCGUACCAUGCGAAUGCUGCAAAGGGCAAAUUGCCGAAGGAUCAGCUAGCUACGGCUGGAGUGGGUGGGGCUUCCUUGCCACAGCACAUGAUGGACAUGCGACAGAUCACGACGCCGACGUUUGCGAUGGGUGUGAAGGAUUUGCAUGAUGCGCACGUAGUUGGCCAGGCUGACGCGCAGCGUGCCGCUUAUGUACAGCAGCAGCGUCUUGAAAUGGAUAUGCGCUACAAGGGCUACGACGGUGCCAAUGCCGGUCAGUACUUGCAGAUCCAUGCCGACCAGAGGUCCUACGAACCCAUUAGCCUGCAGGCUGGCGGCGCCGGUCGUCACUACAUGUCUGGAGACAACAGCGCGCUGCCGCCUGUGUCUGGCAGCAUGUACAAGCCCUCUGCCGGGAUGGACCGUCAAGCAUACGCACCGCGCGGUGUGCAGGAGCAAGUGAAGAACCCGUACUCGCAGCACUGGGCGACAAAGCCACAAAUGCCGCAACAUCAUUCGGACGCGAGGGUUGAUUAUUUUGAUGUGAAGGAGCAGCAACAACAGCCACAGCAACCUGGCCAUCACCACGUGUACUCUGCACCGUCAUCACAGUACCACCACCACCUUAGCGCAGCAGACUCAGCCGCCGCUGCUGCAGCUUAUGGUCAGCAACAUCAGCACCCGCGCGCAUACUACAGCCAGCAGCCACCAGCAGCCGCUAGCAGCUCUGGUGACCAGUCAGCCUCCCAGCAACAGAAUAUGAUGUAUUAUUCAGCGAAUGGAUACUCGCAGCAUCGGAUGCACAGCAUGCAGCAGCAACAGCAGAUGCAGAUGUUAUGA